GGUGUGGGUAAGGCCUGUGUGUUUAGCGAUGGCAUCUGCUUGGUGGCCCUACCUCACCUUGGCUCUGCUCUCUGGCUUGGCGGUCUCUGGCUUCCCAAGAAGCCCCUUCCAGCUUGGGAAACGGAGCCUCCCGGAAGGGGUGACCGAUGGCAUCGAGGUCUACAGUACCCAAAUCAGCUGCAAGGUGACUUCUCGCUUUGCUCACAAUGUUGUCACCACAAGAGCCGUCAACCGUGCAGAUAUGGCCAAGGAGGUUUCCUUUGACGUGGAGCUGCCCAAGACAGCCUUCAUCACCAACUUCACCUUGACCAUUGACGGCAUUACCUACCCUGGGAGUGUCAAGGAGAAGGAAGUUGCCAAGCAACAGUAUGAAAAGGCUGUGUCCCAGGGCAAGACAGCGGGCUUGGUCAAGGCCUCGGGGAGGAAGCUGGAGAAGUUCACAGUCUCCGUCAAUGUGGCUGCGGGCAGCAAUGUCACCUUUGAGCUCAGCUAUGAGGAGCUGCUGAAGAGGCACAAGGGCAAGUACGAGAUGUACCUCAAGGUCCAACCCAAGCAACUGGUCAAACACUUUGAGAUUGAAGUAGAUAUCUUCGAGCCCCAGGGCAUCAGCUUGCUGGAUGCGGAGGCCACAUUCAUCACCAAUGACCUCCUGGAAAGCGCCCUCACCAAGUCCUUCUCAGGAAAAAAGGGCCAUGUGUCCUUCAAGCCCAGUUUAGACCAACAGCGUUCAUGUCCAGCCUGUACAGACUCUCUCCUCAAUGGAGACUUCACCAUCACCUAUGAUGUGAACAGAGAGUCUCCAGCCAACUUACAGAUAGUCAAUGGCUACUUUGUGCACUUCUUUGCACCCCAAGGCCUUCCAGUAGUGCCUAAGAAUGUGGCCUUCGUGAUUGACAUCAGUGGUUCUAUGUCUGGUCGGAAAUUAGACCAGACAAAGGAUGCCCUUCUCAAAAUCCUGGAGGACAUGAAAGAAGAAGACUACCUGAAUUUCAUCCUGUUCAGUGGAGAUGUGACUACUUGGAAAGAGGACCUAGUCCAGGCCACUCCAGAGAACCUCCAGGAGGCCAGGACAUUUGUGAAGAACAUCGAUGACAGAGGAUUGACCAACAUCAACGAUGGGCUGCUGAGGGGCAUCAGUAUGCUGAACAAGGCUCGGGAGGAGCACAGAGUCCCAGAGAGGAGCACUUCCAUUGUCAUCAUGCUGACCGACGGGGAUGCCAAUGUUGGUGUGAGCAAUCCUGAAAAAAUCCAAGAGAAUGUGCGGAACGCCAUCAGGGGCAAGUUCCCCUUGUAUAACCUGGGCUUUGGCCACAAUCUGAAUUACAACUUCCUAGAGAGUAUGGCCCUGGAGAAUCACGGGUUUGCCCGGCGCAUUUAUGAGGACUCGGAUGCCAAUUUGCAGUUGCAGGGCUUCUACGAGGAAGUGGCCAACCCACUGCUGAUGAAUGUGGAAUUGGAAUACCCUGAGAAUGCCAUCCUGGAUCUCACCCAGAACAGUUAUCAGCACUUCUACGAUGGCUCUGAGAUCGUGGUGGCUGGACGCCUGGUGGACGAGUACAAGGAUAUCUUUAAAGCAGAUGUGAAGGGCCAUGGGGCCAUCAAUGACCUGACCUUCUCAGAAGAGGUAGACAUGAAGGAGAUGGAGAAGGCCCUGCAGGAGCGGGAAUACAUUUUUGGGGAUUAUAUCGAGCGGCUCUGGGCCUACCUCACCAUUGAGCAGCUGCUGGAGAAACGCAAGAACGCCCAUGGUGAGGAGAAGGAGAACCUUACAGCCCAGGCCCUGGAUCUGUCCCUGAAGUAUCACUUUGUGACUCCGCUGACCUCCAUGGUGGUGACCAAGCCUGAGGACAAUGAGGACCGGCAGGACAUUGCCGACAAGCCUGGGGAAGGGCCAAGGGGCACAUCUGUGGUCCCAUCCAUGGCCUUGAUGACUGGCUACCAGCCUCCUCAGAACGCCUACUUCUACGUGGAUGGAGACCCACACUUCAUCAUCCAAGUUCCGGAGAAAGACGAUGCCCUCUGCUUCAACAUCGAUGAAGACCCAGGCACCGUGCUGCGCCUCAUUCAGGACCCAGUCACAGGCAUCACAGUUAAUGGGCAGAUCAUUGGUGACAAGAGAGAUAGCCCUGACUCCAAGACCAGAAAGACUUACUUUGGAAAACUGGGAAUUGCCAAUGCUCAGAUGGACUUGCAGAUUGAGGUGACGACGGAGAAGAUCACCCUGUGGAACGGGGCUGCGCAGAGCACUUUCAGAUGGCUGGACACAGUCACAGUCACGCAAGAUGGGCUGUCUGUGAUGAUCAACAGAAAGAAGAACAUGGUGGUCUCUUUUGGAGAUGAGGUUACCUUUGUGGUUGUCCUGCACCAGGUUUGGAAGAAACAUCCCAUCCACCAUGACUUUCUAGGCUUCUAUGUGGUGGACAGUCACCGGAUGUCAGCACAGACACAUGGGCUGCUGGGGCAAUUCUUCCACCCCUUUGACUUUGAAGUGUCCAAUAUCCACCCAGGCUCUGACCCCACAAAGCCAGAUGCCACGAUGGUGGUGAAGAACCAUCGACUGACUGUCACCAGGGGUUCUCAGAAAGACUACAGAAAGGAUGCCAGGGUUGGCACUAAGGUCAUCUGCUGGUUUGUCCACAACAACGGGGAAGGGCUGAUUGAUGGUGUCCAUUCCGACUACAUUGUCCCCAACCUGUUUUGAGGAGACACAACAACAGCUCCUGCUGAGAUGGCUGACCCAACUUGCCUGACAUCUGGAACAGGGGCACAGAACAGAGCCUGUGGGAGGGGCUGGGAAAAUAAAGCUCAAAGUGAAAACCAGA